AUGUCAGCGCUCUCUUUUGCAUCCCUCUCUUUAGAGGACGUUGGCUCAUAUACAACACACAGACAAGACUCGGAAGGGCAUUUUGACAAAGACUUGGUUGACACAGAAGACAGACGCAAUAAGACAUCCGUUACUGAUGUCUAUCUACAAGCCUGCAAGUUGGUUGGUGUUGUUCCAGUCUCCUACUUCUUACGGAACCUAGACUCUCCUACCAUGUCGCUCAGCCACCAUGGCCUCGGACCACUGGGGUGCAAGGCGCUCGCGAUUGCUUUGGUGAGUGAUGUACAUCUCACCACUCUAGAACUGGCUGACAACUACAUUCAGGCAGAUGGUGCCAAGGAUGUUGCAGAGAUGCUCAAGGCUAAUUUCACCAUCCAUCAUUUGGAUUUGUCCAACAACCAUCUUCGUUCCGCUGGAGCUGAGUAUGUGAGUAAGAUGUUGAUGGACAGCCUUUCGUUAAAAUCCGUCAAACUAUCAGGAAAUGGAUUUACAGACGAUGACGCAAAGUACUUUGCCGAAGCCAUGUCUAUCAAUUUCAGUAUUAAAGAGUUAGAUCUCAGCCAUAACAGGUUUUGUGGACGAGGAGGGGAGCACCUGGGAAUGCUGUUGGCAAACAAUGAGCAUCUGGAAGUGUUGGACCUUUGUUGGAAUCAACUCAGAAUGAAGGGAGCUGUUGCUCUGAGUGCUGGACUCAAGGUGAAUACUACAUUAAAGCACCUUGACCUGUCAUGGAAUGGUUUUGGGAAUGAGGGGGCCCUAGCAAUGGGCGAAGCUCUGAAAUUCAACAGUACUCUGGUGCACCUCAAUCUCAACAACAAUCGCAUCACCAAUGAGGGUGUUAGCAUGCUCUGCAAGGGUCUGGAGUACAACGACACACUCCGGGUUCUGAUGUUGGCUUACAAUUCACUAACAGUAGAGGGAGCACUGUCUCUGGUUAACAUGGUGAAGAAAACCCAUAAAACUGCUUUGGAAGAGAUUAAUAUAUGUAAUGUUUUGGUCAAUGAAAACUUUUUACAUCUGCUGGAAGUAACUUGCGAAGAGCAUCCUGGUUUAGAUGUACAGUAUGGAGGCGUUGGAGGGUUUAUUGCCAAGAAGCCAGUCAAACGCAUCGACCCAAUGAAAGUCAUCCAGGACUAUCUGGAUCAGCACAAGCUUCGUCUUUGGGACUUCUUCCGAAAUAUUGACAAAGAUGCAACCAUGCGAGUCCCUGUGGUCGACUUCAGGAAUGCGAUGCAGCAGUCAAACGUUCCCUUGGAUCGAUUCCAGAUCGAGGAACUUAUCCAGAGACUCGACCGUGACAGGACAGGAAUAGUAGACUACAGGGGUCUGGCAGAUACCAGGAAGCAAAUGGUGCGCAACCACCGGCGACAACUGCGCAAAGUCGCAUCUCGACAGAAGAAAGAGAAGCAUAAGAGCGAUCGCAUUCUCAAGACUUUCCAGAGCGCCGUGGAAGCCGUGACGCCUCUCGCCUCUGUGGUUAUAUCUCCAGGGGAUAUUAAAGAAGAUUCGACAGGGCCCCAUCACUUCUCGGCCACUCCUCUCAGUUCUUGGCACCGCAUUGUAACGUCAAACAGUGGCCGGUACACGGUUUCUAACCCCAGCAAUGAUCAAGUCCACUUGCCUAUGUUAGUAGGCGUACACUCCCAGCGUUUCACUAAGUCUCCAAAUUUCCACACGCGUUCCCAGCCCAAUUUGCUGACUACCUCCCGUCAAUCUGACCGAGGCGUAUCCGCCCCCGCACGGGCCGUACGUUCCAAUCCCGAGAUCAGCCACAACAAGCUUAAGCCACUAACGGUUGACCACCUGACCAAGUCCAGACCUGCUCUUGACACCACACCGCUUGGCAUUAAAGCCAAAAAAGGGAAGAAAUCUAAAGCAAAGAAACAUGUGGAGAAGAACUUAAAGAAUUCCAAAAAGUGA